CCCCCCCACUCUCUCUGUCGCCUCGACGAAGCAAUGGCGGCGUGCACGAAUCUCAACGGAUCCCUAAUUCUCCUCCGUCUCCCCUCCAAAACGCCAGCUUCCAGAACCGGAAUCCUCAGCUUCAGAAUCUCCAACGCUAGGGUUUCCAGAAGCAUCAAGUCGGAGGGGGCCGAUCUCCGGCCGGCGAUCGACGAGAACCCCGAGGGGAUCAUCUCCGGCGAGUGGCCGGAGAACAUCUCGCUUCUCAGCUACGACGAUCUGCGCGCUUAUCUCGAGACGCAGAUUAUAUCUGACAAGAUGAAACCUACGGCGUUGUUGGGGGAGGUGAUGUCGACGAGGAUUAGGGCGGCGGCGGCGGAGCAGACGCUGGAGGCGAUCGAUCAUCAGUUCGAGUUUGUGUCGGGGCUUCCGGUCGUUGAUGAGGAGCUUAGGUGUAUUGGGGUUGUUUCGAGGAGGGAUAAGGCGAAAGCUUCUAAUGGGUUGAAGUCGAAGGUUGGAGAAGUCAUGUCUACCCCCGCCGUCACUUUAACACCUGACAAGACUGUUCUUGAAGCUGCAGCCUUAAUGCUUAAGAAGAAGAUCCACAGGAUACCAGUUCUGAACAAGGAUCAGCGAGUAGUGGGCAUGGUUACUCGUACAGAUAUUUUCCAAGCAUUAGAGACUGCAGAGGAAUAGGCUUUCCUUUUGGACAAGUUAGAUCACCCACGAUGUAAAUAUGUAAAUUAUGUUAAAAAGUUUGUUUGAAUUGGAAUGUAGCCGCGUCUAUUUGAAUCUUAGUACGAAAUUCUCUGUUCUAGUUUUUCCAAUUCUUGUUAUGAAAUUGUUUUCUGACUCGAUGUGGUAUAAUUUUUGUU